AAAAUUUAAUAAAAUAAAAUAAAUAUUAAGUGUUCGUGAUUCCUCAUCUGCUCUUCUGCCAUCCCGCGCUGAAUACUAAAGAGAUUGAGGGCUUGUUCUGGGUCCAUACGUUGAUUGAUAGGAACCGCAAGCAGCGAGGGGAGGGAGUAAUUGGGUUGCUGUACUUCUGUAUCCUCCGUCACAAUCAGUCCUCGCAGGAGGAGACUACAAACGAGAGAUUGGUGAUUAGGGAAGGCUUAACUCACAAGGGUUGGUUGAUCGAUCAUUGAUGGAAGAUAAAGAAAGAGCAGAGCGAGUGGCGGGGGAGGAGGAGGAGAUAGACGGUGAGUGGUGGAGCUGGGGAGCUGGAACGGAUGGCCAGUUGGGCACCGGCAGGCUCCAAGACGAACACCUUCCUCAACUGCUUUCCCAUCUCUCUUCUUCUGUCUCACAUCACAUCGUCUCUCAGCUCGCAUGCGGUGGUGCCCAUGUCAUUGCCUUGUCCUCCGGUGGUAGGGUACUCACAUGGGGGAGGGGCACAUGUGGUCAACUUGGUCAUGGGGAGUUGGCAAAUGGCUUACUACCAAAGCCCGUAAAGUUCUUUGAAAGCUUUGUUAUAUCCAAUGUUUCUGCUGGCUGGAAUCACUCAGGGUUUGUUUCAGAUUCAGGAGAAAUUUUUACUUGUGGAGAUGGUUCAUUUGGGCAGCUUGGACAUGGAGAUUAUCAGUCACAUUGCUCUCCUGUUAAAGUCCUAUUUUUUUGUUCUAAGCAUGUUGAACAGGUUGCAUGUGGGAUGCGUCAUUCUCUUGUAUUGUUGAAAGGGGAUUCAGAACAUCCAGUAUAUGGAUUUGGUUCAGGGAAACGAGGCCAACUUGGUUUCUCCGAGGACCGGAUCAGAUCGUGCAGUCUUCCCCAAGCAACUUUUGGAUUUGAAGAUGUCAAGAUUAUUAACAUAAGUGCAAAUGGAGAUCAUAGUGCCGCAUUAUCUGCUGAUGGGCAGCUCUACACUUGGGGUAAAGGAUUCGGUGGCACCUCAGAUGCUUAUUUCCCCCAGAUUUUAGCAUCACCAUUCAAGGUCUUGCAAGUUGCUCUUGGAUGGAAUCAUGCUUUGUUGUUAACAGGUGAAUAUGAAGUAUUUAUGCUUGGUGGGAAACUUCACGGGAUGCUUGGUGAUCCUCAGAAAAUGAGCCAAGAGAAACAUUCCACAAUUCAUAGCAGUCGAUGUAUUGCUUCAAAUGAAGGUUUUGGGGAAGCCAAUCCAGAGAAAGUAUCUGAUCUUGAUGGUGUAAAAGUCAUAAGCGUUUCAGCAGGAGCUGAGCACUCUGCCCUAGUUACAGAGAAUGGAGUGAUAAUGACAUGGGGCUGGGGUGAACAUGGACAGCUAGGCCUGGGGAACACUCUUGAUGAAACCAGCCCUCAAAUAGUAAACCUAGAUGGUCGUCCAAAUGGCAACAGCACAUUCCAUGUUUAUUGUGGAAGUGGCUUUACAUUUGCCAUAAGAACAGUUCACAUACCUUCUCAAAUAUGAUAUUCUUGUUGUGAAGGUCAGUUUUUAUUUUUGGGUGGUUUUUUUAUGUACUGCAGUUUUUCAGUUAAUUUAGCAUCCCAAUAAGGUGGUUGUACCCUAGAGUACUUUGCUGCAGUUCUUUGGUACUUAUCUGACAUCUCAUUCUAUGCAUCGGUUAAGUGAGCCAUGGAAUAAACUUCUCCCUUGGACAUUUCAAGAAACAGUAUGAAAUCCUGUUGUAAAAAGUUUUCUUCAUGGCCUUCUGAGAGAUGUAUCUCUUGACAACAUACAUUUGGCUCUGUAUUGGUAUACACUCUUUUGGCA